CACCAUCACAUGCCCCCUUUGCACCAGUGCCCAUGAGAUCACAAGGUUCAGGGCCCCUUAGACCCUCGUCAUUCCUGCAAGUUGCUGGUGAAACAGCCCUGUCCUGUCCACGCUGCUGAGUCCCUGCGUUGAUACAAUUGCUGCGGGUUGCAUGCACCACUGCGGGUGCUGGCUCACAGGAAGAGGGAAGGUUUCGGUUCCCCAUGUGGCUGAGGAAUGGAAUACGCCCAGCCUCCUGUACAGAUGGGAAAGGAGACCAGUCGACUCACAUCAGAGGCAACAGGCCGCACCAGCGUGGAGACACAGCUCUGUCAGCUUGGAUCAGAAUGGAUUGUGCCGGCGACAGCAUUAGCCAAUUGCCAGCCAUCCCGGAGUCCGACAGCGAGUCCUCUGAGGAUGAAGAAGUGGCUACGCAUGAGGCCCUCCUCCAGGAGAGGGAUGAAGCUAAAGAGAAGCUGUCUGAGUUUGAGCAAGCGUCACAGAGGCUGCUGGCGGAGCUCUCAGCGCUGGAGGUGGAGUAUGAAAUUGAAGUAUCAUGUCGCAAACAAGCCGAAGUCUACGCAGCCCAGGUGAACAGGGAGAACAAAGAACUGAAGCGGAUCAGCGUGGCACUGCUGCCCAUGUUGAACCAGCUUCCCGAGGACGUGCUGAGUCUGGCUACUGAAGAAGCCUCCCCCUCCGACCCAAGCCGAGAUCCAGCGUAUCCGUACCUGCAGCAGAUCAAAGAUUUGCAGGAAAAGGUUUCCAGGCUGCUGGGGGAGAAGAAGGAGCUCACCAUCCAAGUGCAGGAGUUGCAGAGCCAGAUCAGAGAGCUCGGGGACCAGGUGGAAGAGGAGCGAGCAGAGAGGCGGUCCCUGCAGGCCGCGAUGGACCGGAGUCACAAGGCCCUGAAGAAGUACAAGAGAGUGUCCCAGAUGGUCGCUCAGGAGUACAGCGAGGCCGUGCAGCAGCUGGAACUGGAGCAGGACCUGAGGCAGCACGCGGAGACCUUUGCGCACAAGAUGCUGGUGAAGCAGAAGGAAGCCAAUAGGCAGAGCAUGAUCCUGCUCCAGAACGUGGGCCCCAACGCCCAGCUGCUCCAGGCCCUGGACGAGGUGGCUAGCCUGACUGGGGCGCUGGAGGAAGCCAAGCGGGAGCACCAGGAAAAGGUGAAGGGUCUGCAAGAGCAGCUAGAGGGGACCCAGGAGCAGCUGGGCGCCGUGCGAGCGGCCCUGGCUGCAGCCGAAGCAGAGACGCUGCAGCUGGGGGAGCAGCUGCACCAGGCGGAGGAGAGGAACGUGGAGUUGGAGGGGAAAGGUGCGAGGCAGGCCCAGCUGGGUCUGACGGACACUCCUGGCGAGGGGGCUGGCUGGAUUAGAGCCAUCCGUGCCGAGGGUCUCUCCACCCUCUCGGGAGUGGGCCUGGUGUUACAGCCGCUGGACGCCAGCGGUACGGUUCAGAUCAGACCUCCCCCCAGCCCCCACGUCUAA